AUCUGAUUAUACAAACGCCGACACAGAGCUUUGAAAUAACAGGACCAAUCAGCAAGACGAUGGCUGUACAUUCUUCAUGUGACCCGACCAUAGUUUGACAUCUUCUGGCCACACACCACCCUGCCUACAAAGUCAUCGGAUCUUUAUUGCCGACGCCGCUGGUGCUUAUGAAGCGAGAGAAAAGAUUUACCUUCAUUCCAGAAAACUCAUCUUGCUGCUGGAGGCUCCUUUUCUAUGGACCACCAACCGGUCUCAGAUGACGCUGAUGCACCGCAUCGCCAGUCGAGUGGGGUCCCUGGAUGCUGCGCGCUCCCCGCGGCCCCCCGGUGGACUCAGCGGAUUACAAACUCCGCAUCCAUCCUCAGCUCUGCAGUGUUGUGGGUGACUGAAAUCCUGAUAGACAAAAGCGUGUGAGAGGAGGAGGGAAAUGGGUCCGGAGACGGCGAGGUAGGUACCCCUGAUUGUCACAUCAGCAGCGUGGAAGUUCUUCGGCUUGCUCCGAUCUUCUCACCAAGUCUCAGUGGGGUGAGUUUUGUGCAUAAAAGCCGCCUCCUCUGCAUUGUGCAUGAAAAGUGUCUCGCAUGCUUUGCAAAAAAACAACAAAUUGCAACGUAUGUACAUUUUGUCAUCAUGUGGUGGAGUUAGAUAAAAAAAAAAAUCCUCUAUGUUUAGUGGGCCUUUGCUUAUGCAUAUUAAAAAGCCGCACAAAACAUAAAAUUCAAAAGCUGUUGCUUCAAUUAGAAAAAAAAAGAGAAGCUCUGUAAUCUUUUUUUCACGCUGCUGCUUGUUUCUUCUCUUUCUUUCAUCCUCUUUCACCCCCUUGCCCUCCUCUCUUCCUCCCUCACUCCUCCUCAUCUCUAACCACUUAUAAAUCAAUUUUGGGUGUAUUGUCAGUCAGCUGAACACAAUUUUGUCUUCUCAGUCAUGACUAUUAACCCACCAAGAGUUAGUUCCUUGACACGCUGCCUCUUUAGUAAAUCCCACGAAAAGGCAAUACCAUUGCACCUCGUCUGGUAACCAAUAAGGUCGACUUGAUGCUUCCUGUGACUGAAUCAUUUGUCACAUCUGUCAGAGGGGCACGUGCGCCGCCAAAGGUGAAUGGGGGUACACAGUCAAGGUAGAGUACUUGAUUGAUUGGCAGAGUGCGGCGAGAACGAGCGUCAAAGAAACAUUACAUAUUAAUCCUGGUUGAAGUACACACCAAUAUCAGAGCAAGAGGCUUUUUCUUUCCCGAUAAGAGAUGAGUGUUAAGCCCCCUAGUGCCACUGCAAUAUCAUUUUAUGUGGGCAAAUAAAGUGAGUCAAUUUUAAAUUUGCUAUAUAGUUUUUUUUUUAUUUUGACAGAAAACCCGUCGCCCAACGAAAAUGAGAUUUUUUUUCCUUCACUUGAACAAUUUUGUCAAUUUGUUGUCAUCUGUCUGACUCACAGUUUCUGUUCUAUGGUUAUCAUUACAUUUUUCACUUUGCUUUUUGCGGCAGGAUCACGAAAGGCAAAAGCAAGUGUCAGUUGUCACACAUCUGUCCUAAGCUUGCAUCCAUGUCCGCAUGUCAGUGAGCCCAUUCGGCACCACUUUGCUAAAAAUACUCGGCACCGACCAACACACACAAACCCAAGAAACAUGAAUUAUUGAGGACGAGGGGAGGAGUGAGAUCCAGGUCAGAGUCAGACCCAGUUCCGAGAGCUUAAGUCCCUAAGGGUGAUGUUACCAGACCACCACAUUUAUAUUCACUUUCCACCAUCUACAUUAGCACAUCUUCAGACCUGUGGUUAUCCUUUCGGGUGAGACAAAGCGGCUGGAGGCCGCAGAAUGGAUCUGUGCACUUUUAUCCAUUUGUCUUCAGCAGCAAUAAAUUCAAUAUUGGCUUUAACCAGAUGUUAAAUUGAUCUGACUUGACAAACGUUAGCACAUUAACAUUUAUUAGAGUAAUUAAAGGACAUUUAUGGAUGAUACUCUGGGGCAUUUUAAGAGGGACGUUUGUUUUUUAAAUAUUGCAAAAUUAUCUGGAUAGAUGGAUAUGAUUGGAAUCUGACCAUCUAAAAUUGCAUCUGUUAUUCUCUCUCUCUCUCCUUUUAGCGCGUGAUUGCGCAUUCACGAUGAGUAAUAUCUACGAGUCUGCAGAGGCCACGCUGGGCUUCAUCAGCUCUCCGUGCCUAACCAAAGUGGAGCUGAGAGUUGCCUGUCGGGGAAUCUCAGACCGAGACGCCCUCUCCAAACCCGACCCUUGCGUGGUUCUAAAGAUGCAGUCUCAUGGCCAGUGGUUUGAGGUGGACCGAACGGAGGUGAUUCGCAGUAGUAGCAGCCCGGUCUUCUCCAAGAUCUUUCUGGUGGAUUACUACUUUGAGGAGGUCCAAAGGCUGCGUUUUGAACUUCACGACAUCAGCUCGGGCAACAACGGCCUCCGCGAUGCUGACUUUCUCGGGGCCAUGGAGUGCACCUUGGGACAGAUCAUCUCACAAAGGAAGCUCACCAAAUCACUCCUCAAACAAGGAAACACUGCUGGAAAAUCUUCCAUCAUGGUGACGGCGGAGGAGCUGUCCGGUAACGACGACUACGUGGAACUCUCCUUCAGUGCUCGUAAACUGGACGACAAGGACUUCUUCAGCAAGUCAGAUCCGUUCCUGGAGAUUUUUAGGAUAAAUGAUGACGGGAGUGAGUCUCUUGUACACCGGACAGAGACGGUCAUGAACAACUUGAGCCCUGUUUGGAAAUCCUUCAAAGUUUCCUUCAACACGCUCUGCAGCGGAGACCAGGAAAGAGAGCUAAAGUGCACCGUUUGGGACUGGGACUCUAAUGGAAAGCAUGAUUUUAUUGGGGAGUUCCAAACCACAUUUAAGGAGAUGAGGGCAGAGCAGGAGGGCAAGCAGUGGGAAUGCAUCAAUCCGAAAUAUCAGAUGAAAAAGAAGAACUACAGAAACUCCGGAGUCGUCUUUCUUAACCACUGUAAGAUCAUCAAAAUGUAUUCGUUCUUGGAUUAUAUCAUGGGAGGCUGUCAAAUCCAGUUCACCGUGGCAAUAGACUUCACAGCAUCCAAUGGGGAUCCACGAAACAGCUGCUCCCUCCAUUACAUCCACCCCUACCAACCCAAUGAGUAUCUCAAAGCUUUAGUAGCCGUGGGGGAGAUCUGCCAAGACUAUGACAGCGAUAAAAUGUUCCCGGCUUUUGGUUUUGGAGCUUUAAUACCGCCUGACUUUAAGGUGUCACACGAUUUCGCCGUGAACUUCGAUGAAGACAAUCCCGAAUGUGCCGGGAUCCAAGGUGUGGUUGAGGCCUACCAGAAUUGUCUUCCCAAGAUUCAGCUAUACGGGCCCACCAAUAUCGCCCCGAUCAUCCAGAAAGUAGCCUCGUCCGCCUCGGAGGAGAUGCACACCAAAGAGGCCAUGGAAUAUUUCAUCCUCCUCAUUCUGACAGAUGGCGUCAUCACCGACAUGGCCGACACGCGGGAGGCCAUCGUGCACGCCUCCCACCUCCCCAUGUCCGUCAUCAUCGUGGGCGUGGGCAACGCCGACUUCACCGACAUGCAGAUUUUGGACGGCGACGACGGCAUCCUGCGUUCUCCCAAGGGCGAGCCCGUCCUCCGAGACAUCGUCCAGUUUGUCCCUUUCAAGGAUUUCAAGCAUGCGUCCCCAGCUGCCCUGGCGAAAAGUGUUCUGGCAGAAGUCCCGAACCAGGUGGUGGAUUACUAUAACGCUAAAGGCAUCAAACCCAAGUGUAUGUCGGACUAUGAGUCAACAAGGACCUUUAGUCCCUGACAAUGGACUUGCUACAUAAUAUGUUUACACUAAAAUGCAAAUGAGCAUUCAUGUAAAUACAUAGACAUUUGUUUAGCUCAGAGAAAUAGCUUGUUCUGGUAAACCAAUUUGAACUCCAUCAAUGACUAUUGCAUGUUUGGCCAUGAUGGAAUUAACUUGGGAAUUAAUACUAGCUUACAGUUCUUUAUAGGAAACGAGUUUACUGAACCAGCAUGCAGACCUCAGCCAACUUAAAGAAAUGACACGAUACCUUAUUUGGAUAACUAGCAAGUGUGAUGAAUGUAUUCUGAAAAUUAGCAUUGCACUUUGUAUUUACUCUUUACAUACAUAAUAGUUUCCCUGUUUGUGUUUUGCAUUCAUGCAUGAUUAAUUCUGCUUGCAAAUCCCUCAUAGAGGCUUGCUGGUUAUGAAAUAAAGUAUUUCUGUCA